CCUCUACCUGCUGGGUAGGUUUGGUACCACAUUUUCCACACGGCGCCAUAUUAGAUAGACACUACAUAGCAGCGGACGAAGUCAAGGUAGGGGGACAGUUCUCCAGAUGACAACGGUCCUCAGGCCGCAGUAGCGCGUCCCCACAACACUAGAGGUAACUACCGCAUGGUCGACAACAAGUAACUGAAUCUAGCAUCUCGGACAGCGUCGUCCGAGGCGUCUUGUAUUGGUCGUUGUUCAGCUAACUCGCCGGCAGACAUGACUUCCUUGACUCAGCGGAGUUCGGGCCUCGUGCAGAGGCGGACCGAAGCCUCGCGCAACGCCGCUGACAAAGACCGUACGUCCGGCGAGGAGGACCACGAGCCCCGGAGAGGAGACGAGCAGGAAGAUGACGAUGCUGGUGACUCCAAAGAAACACGUCUCACCUUGAUGGAAGAAGUGUUGUUGUUAGGACUGAAGGACCGAGAGGGCUACACCUCGUUCUGGAAUGACUGCAUCUCAUCAGGGCUGAGAGGGUGCAUGCUGAUUGAACUGGCUCUGCGAGGACGCCUCCAGUUAGAGGCUUGUGGCAUGAGGAGGAAAGGUCUGCUGGCCAGGAAGGUAAUUUGUAAGUCAGAUGCUCCAACAGGUGACGUGCUCUUGGAUGAAGCCCUGAAACACAUCAAAGACACCCAGCCACCAGAGACUGUGCAGAGCUGGAUUGAGCUGCUCAGUGGGGAGACGUGGAACCCCCUGAAGCUUCAUUAUCAGCUGCGGAACGUCCGUGAACGGCUGGCCAAAAACUUGGUAGAGAAAGGUGUCCUCACUACUGAGAAGCAAAACUUCCUGCUUUUUGAUAUGACCACACAUCCUCUGACCAACAACAACAUCAAGCAGCGCCUCAUCAAGAAGGUCCAGGAGGCCGUACUGGACAAGUGGGUGAACGACCCUCACCGAAUGGACAAGCGGCUGCUCGCGCUUAUCUUCUUAGCCCAUUCCUCUGACGUCCUGGAAAAUGCCUUCGCCCCGCUGCUAGACGACCAGUACGACCUGGCCAUGAAGAGAGUGCGGCAGCUGCUGGAACUGGAGCCUGAGGGGGAGAGCUUGAAGGCCAACACGAAUGAGCUGUUAUGGGCUGUGGUGGCUGCCUUCACCAAAUGAGGCUACCACACAGAGGACAGCAAGAAGUUGUGGCAUUCAAGUGGCAUUGUACGUUGGGGUGGGAAUCACAGUACCGACCCCAACAUGGACUGGUAAUUUGACUGACUUCAAGUUUCCCCCUGCCUGGACUUUUGGAAUGGGCUGCCCUCUUUUCUUGUUCCUUUCCCCACCUCAGUUUGUUUUCCUUCCAGAUAACUGUCAUCGUCGACCCUUUAUGGCCCCCUCUCCCCAUGUCUCAUUUAUGUAUUCAGUUUUGCUAAAAAAAAUAGUAAUAAUAUGGGCGUUUGAAUGAAGGUGGUUGGAGAUGAUGUUGGUGAGACUUAGAUCCAGAUGUUGAUUCAUAUCCUCUGUUUUCUGUUGGGUUUAUUUUUGAAACAGUCACAGGUACGGUGUGUUGGACAGAGGUUACUCAACGCACCAUCCUCACACACCUGAUCAAACAAUAACCAGUGUGAUGGACAUGUUGUACAUAUAGCAAUGAAAGGCUAACUGAUAAUCCUGACUUUAAAUGGAUAUCUUCUACCAAAUGUGGAGUGUAUGGGUAUGAUGUUUGGUGUCACAGCAUUCUUUGACUUUUAAAUCAAGUACUGGGAGACAACUUCACAUCCUAAUUUCUCAGUCUGCUGCCCAGUACUGUGCUUUCAACAUUUUUCACAUCCAACAUUUAGACUCAGACUCAACAUUGAUGCUCCAUCACUUCCAUCUGUUAUAUAUACAAAAGUCUGAGACCACUUUCCCAGCCCACACUGGUCAGGGGGACAGGUACAUGGACAUGGUGCCAGUAUAUAACAGGGCUUUUUAGGUGGAGGAAAACCACUCUGUACAGCCUGAUGUUUGUCCCUCCUGGCUUGAAGUUAUUCAUCUGUAAACAAGACAAUAAGCAUGAACACACAGAUCCAGGGAGCUGGAGUGCUCAGUUUGAUUAGUUAUUAGUUACUGAGACCUUAAAUGUUUUGGGAAGAAACUUGAAAGUAAUGUAAAGCCAAAACAUGGUGAACUGAUAACGCUGAUAGAAAUACAGAGUAUGAUGAUUGGGAAAGAAAUAUCAUAGUAAACAUUAGAGCAAGCUGUGGAAAUCAAGAUUACAGUAGCCUGAGACUCAAAGACAGUCCUCCAUCUCCCUGCUCCAUCACACGCCACCUACAUCCUCACUGAAGUUCUGCUAUCUCUCCUAAUGCAGGAAACAGGAGUGUUGGCUAUACCAGUGUCCUCCAGCAGCUGAUAAUAGUCUGACGCCAUGAGCUAAUGUCUCUCACUUUGACUCUCUGAUUGGUUAGAAGGAUGAGGCUCGCUCAGUCUGCACUGCUGUCAGACUGUUCAGUGAGUCCUGGUCGUCUUUGAUGGCACCUCUAGACAUUUAGGUAUGUUUUGGAACUUAUUUCAACUAAAAAAUAUGAUAUAAAGACUUCCAUACUGUAGCUAAAUAAAACUUUGUGACAUAAUGAAGUGAGAACAGGUCACUUCAAUGCCCUGUUUUUUUUUUAAUUAAUAUUGAAACCUGAGUUUUGAUGGAGGGUUCAGACUGUGAUCAUAUCUCUUCUAGAUGCUCUGUCAGAAUGUGCGCAUAUGAACCAGGAUUCUAGCCUGUAAUAUCUGAAUGGUCACAGCUGACAGCAAAUGUAUCUUAGUCUGCUUCAAUGUCAUGAUUUUCCAUUUGCUUAUAUGUCUUUGAUAAAACAACUUCCCCUUAAACUGUGUAAUUUAUGGUGGCAUCAGCUAACACAGCUGCUAACUAUGUUAGCUCAUAUUGACUGUGAUAAAACACCUCUUUGUGGCUGUUGAGGAUUAAAUUGAAAUAUUUUAGUGGCAGGAUCAAACUCAGGAAAGCUGACCCAAUCAAUGCAGCUACCUUUGUUAGCACAAUGCAAAGAGAUAUGUUGUUUUCACUGAUUAGUGAACUAUAAUAUGAUCAGAAAUGAAGUAAUCCACAGAUCUUAAAGCAGGAUAAAUAUAUGUAUAAUGAUCUCUGCAGCAACUGAGUUUGUCCUGUGGAUCUGUGUUUGGUUUAGAAACAGUUCAUUUAGUGAAACAUGCUCAACUGAAGAUGAAUAUGAACUCCAGCUCUUUUCCAGUACAGGAGAGGUCUUUAAAACUGAUGGGAUCGGACAUGAACUGCUACCAGAGCUAUAUUGUGUGUAUUUAAACAGACACAAUCACAAACCAAGCCAUGUUAUAAGGGAACAUUGGAACUAUUUCUGAACCAACACCAGCUGUGUCAGAAAAACACUGGACCACCACUGGACAGUGGAUUUUCUCACUGGAUGGAGCUGGGCUAGAGGUUUCCUCCUUUUUCCAGACUUAAUGCUAAACUAGGCUCAGCAUAUCCCAGACCUGUCACUGUACUGGACCCACAGAGCUCAGGUAGAUACUGAUCUGGUCAUGUGAGUGUGGGCUGGAUGGUGAAAAAGUCGGUUUCCUUUAAUGUGCAGACUGUGUUCUUACGUCAAAAGAAAUCCACCGUAUUUACUAAACCAUUAAAAAAUCUGAUGGAUUAUCAAACACACCCACCAAAGUGUAACCAGAGGAAUCAAAGAGGGUCCCUGCUCACAUUCCACAUGUUGAUGUAUAUACUUGUGUAUUUGUAUCAGGCACAGAUUCACACUGUCAGCUUUCUAAAACCAUGGUUCAUCUGCACUUGUCUUUCAAGAUGUUGGACAAAAUAUUCAUCGAGGCCUAUUCACUAUGAACCAUACCUUGCUCUUAAUUUUGUAUUGCCUCAGUUUUCUGAAUUUUAUUUGUUGAACUGUUGUGUUUUAACACAACUUUUUGCUAAUGAAGCUCAUGGAAAGUGAAAGACAUUGCUGUAUUACUUGUAUGUAGCAAAGGGCUGGGAGUGAUCAGGCAGCAACUGGGAGAAGAGAAGAGGUGAACCAGCAGCUGAAUACAUCUGAACAUCACCUAAAUCUGUGGAUUAAAUAUGAGAGAUUAUAUAUGUUAUCUAAUUAAAGGGACCUCUAGUCUGUGUACUUUCUUUGACCCUAGAAAAUAAACCAAGAGCUUGGAAGUGCCUCAUCAUACAA